UGCGGGAAACUAGCAAAAUGGGGAAUCAGACGAGUUCCCCUGAAAGAGACGUUUAUGAAUUAAUGAAAGCUUUACUUAAUAAGCAUGGGGGAAAAACCCUUUCGGGUCAGGACCUCAAGCUGAUCCUUAAAUGGGUCCAGGUUAAGAUCCCUACAGUUACUGCUUCUUCGAUUUUUACCCGGGAACUUUGGGACGAUGUACGGGUGAAAUUAUGGGAUGCAGCUACCUCUGGAAAUGAGGAAGCGCAACGUAUGCUCCCACGAUGGAGAAAAAUUUUUGAGACUGUGAAAGCGCAAGAGCAGAGCCAACGAGGUUCAGAAGGGGAGACAAAGCCCUCUGCACCAUCAUUACCGUCACCACCCCCCUUGGCCUGUGCAGCGGGGUAUCCCCCGGAGGAUGAUCCCUUUGAUCCCGGACCUGUUGAUCCCGAAAAAGAACCCGAUCUUUUCCCUCCUGAUCCUCAUAAUGUCUGGGGAGAGAUCAAACGCCAAGCCUUAAAGGAGGGGGAGUUAGAGAUAGCAAGGACUAUAGUAGCGCCUGUUAUAUAUCAAGGAAGGGGGGGGGCGGCUCAAUGGGAAGCAUUAUCCUUCUCAGUGAUUAAGGAGUUGCGUCGUACGGUUACCGAGCACGGGUUGUCUUCUCCUUAUUUUGCAAGCCUUUUAUCUUCUGUAUUCGAUACAUAUGUCAUGACCCCACAUGAUUUAAAAUCUCUCGCGCGAUUGUUAUUAACCCCGACGCAAUAUACAAUGUGGGAGUCUCAAUGGAGAACGGGGCUGCAGACAAUUUUGUUGGGGUAUGCGGGACAUGCGAAUGCUGCCCUAGCUGCCUUAACCAUAGAACAUCUUACUGGGACUGGGCAACAUGCAGACCCGGCCGGACAGGCAAGGGAUAUCCCCCGAGAAGCCUUAGAAGCAGUCCGGGAGGAAGCGAAAAAGGCAUUUCUCAUGCGGCACUGUUCAAUCUGUUACAAGAACUCAUUUUCCUGUUAGAUUCCCGCCUUCACCCUUAUUUUAUUAUGCAUGUCCGAUCUCACACUUCUCUACCUGGUUUUAUUGCAGAAGGGAACCGACAAGCGGAUUUGCUUACGCUACCAGUGCAGGUGUUACCAGAUCGAUUAGCGCAAGCUCGACUCAGCCACUCCUUUUUUCAUCAAAAUGCUGCAGGCCUUACGUUUGUUAUUAAAACAAAAAGGGGGAAUAGGGGCUGCUACACCAGAGGAGCGCUUACAGAAAGCCUUGUAUGUUUUUAACUUUUUGAAUUGUUCCCUGUUAGACAGCAAUCCUCCAGUAGUUCGUCAUUUUAGCACAAACACCCUUUUUGAACCCAAGAUUAAGCCGCCAGUAUUGAUCCGGGACCCCGAAACAGGUAAAGUGAUGGGACCCUAUCCCCUUGUUACAUGGGGUAGAGGCUAUGCUUGUGUUUCCACAGAGAGAGGUCCUCGCUGGAUCCCAGCAAAGAACGUGAGACCCUUCCGAGAAACAUUGCAACGGCAGUCUCCUGAUAACGCUCCAGAACCUGCGUUCGAUGAGGAGAACGUUGCUCCCGAAUGAAUUCCGUCUCAGAAACAGAUAAGCGAGAGCUUCAAUGUCCAGACUGCGAAGUGUGCAAUUUCUGGAUCCUUAGAAUUUGUGCUGACUGCGAAAGACCACAGUGGGAACUGACACUUUGGGGCUCCUUCCCUCCACAGGGGGAAUGGGAGAACAUCUCAAAUCGCGAAAAUUGCUCUAAUAUGAGUCCGGAGAUUCUUCCUGUUAACGGGACUGGAGUGGUCUAUUUUGGUGAUAGCUGGACUGGGUAUUUGAUUCGAGAUGGUCACAAAGAGACAUUAGAUUCACUGAUUCAUUAUCAAAACGUGUCAGGUAACUCUGGUCAUUGGAACAUUUCGAUGAAUACAGGGACUAGAGAUGUGGCCAAUAUCACUGGACAGGUAAGGUUGCCAAAAGGCUAUUUCUUGAUUUGUGGAGAUAGAGCAUGGCCCGGAAUUCCUUUUAAACCUGUGGGAGGACCUUGUUAUAUUGGGAGACUUACGCUGUUCGCACCCCAUAUGAGGGACGUGCUUAAUCGUUCCCUGAGCAAUAGUACCAGAUCAAAAAGGUCAUUGCGACAAUUACAACCAGAUUGCGAUGAUCACAUCAAUUUAGGGUCUUUAGGAUCUACUAUAGCUCUGUCCCUAUUUUUGCCUGGUGGAAUGGCCGCAAGCAAUUGGAAUAAAAUAAAACAAUUGGCAUGCUGGGCUGUCAAAGAAUUUAACACGACCUCUGACAUUUUGUCAGGAUUAGCUCAAGAUGUAGAUAGCUUACGACAUGUAGUCUUACAGAAUCGUGCCGCCAUAGAUUUCCUUUUACUAGCCCACGGACAUGGAUGUCAAGAAUUUGAAGGAAUGUGUUGCAUGAAUCUAUCUGACCACUCUGUGAGCAUUCAUAAACAGAUUGCAGAACUACGAGAAAGGAUUCACAAUGUGCAGGAAGGAAUGGAUGGACUCGAUGGGUGGCUAGCUUCUUGGGGAAUUACAGGGUGGAUAAAAGAUUUACUUAAACAGGGAAUUUUGAUCCUUUUAGUAAUUUGUGUAUUAUUACUAACGAUUCCAUGUAUUUUGCAGUGCUUACAAAAGUCGAUAACCGCUUCAGUAAAUAAGAUUUUUCUUGUACAAGCACAAGACCUCCCGAAAACUCCCAGUACAGAAGCAAGACGUCCUCGAACUGGUUGGGCGCCGACCUUGGGAAGAAGCAAAUGUUUGAAAACAAAAAGGGGGAGAUGUGGGUUAUCUUGGCUGUAUUUAUAGGCAAUGUGCUGAUUUUAGUUAUUGGACCUGCUGUGUUAGCAUGGGAAGUUACUGGGGGGUUGUGGAAAAUUACAGCCGAUGGGUGUAAGAACAAAGCACAGGAACUGGUGGUUUGGCAACAGUAUCUUGUUAUAGUCGCGCGAAGCUUUCCUAACACGAAAGGCAUGUAGUUACAAGGACCUAAGAUAAGAUAUGCAUGCUUUCUUACUAACCUAUCAUGAGCUCAGCUUUUGUAAUAUGUAUGAGCUAAUUAGUUGGUAUACCAAUCAGUAUAAUCCACGAUAGUAGUUGUAAUGUAUGUAACAGUAUAAAAGGAUUGUGUAGAGAACAAUAAAGUGGACACUUUGCUUGCA